CCACCAUUCCUUCCCCUUAGCCGGAGGCGAGAAGAAGCAGGCGAACCCGAAGCCCUAGCGCCGCCGCCGCCGCCAUGGGUAUCGACCUCGUCGCCGGCGGGAGGAACAAGAAGACGAAGCGCACCGCGCCCAGGUCGGACGAUGUCUACCUCAAGCUCAUCGUCAAGCUGUACCGUUUCCUGUAUAGGAGGACCAAGAGCAAAUUCAAUGCCGUCAUCCUCAAGAGGCUCUUCAUGAGCAAGACCAACCGCCCGCCACUCUCCCUCCGCCGUCUUGCCAAGUUCAUGGAAGGGAAGGAGGAGAAGAACAUUGCUGUGAUUGUUGGCACAGUCACAGAUGACAAGAGGAUCCAGGAGAUCCCGGCAAUGAAGGUUACUGCCCUGAGGUUCACAGAGACAGCUAGGGCAAGGAUUGUAAAUGCUGGUGGGGAGUGCCUCACAUUCGACCAGCUUGCUCUCCGUGCUCCACUUGGAGAGAACACGGUCCUCCUGAGGGGCCCCAAGAACGCCCGUGAGGCCGUCAGGCACUUCGGCAAGGCUCCUGGUGUGCCGCACAGCCACACGAAGCCAUACGUGCGCUCCAAGGGGAGGAAGUUCGAGAAGGCUCGUGGCAGGAGGAACAGCCGUGGAUUCAAGGUCUAAGCCAGCUCCCGUUUGCGAGCGUUGCCGUCGGCGUUGUGCCACCAUUGUUCUGUUUGAGCAAUCGACAGUAAUUAGUAGUCACUUUUCUACUGAGAGUAGCAAAACUUAUUGUGUCUGUGUCAGUUCUGAAAGAUAUUUUGAAGGAUCCUUCGUACUGUCGUUUUUGGGCAAGAAGACUAUGUUUUCUUUUGUUUCUUCCCUAUUAGGGCUUGAAAAUUUUCUCUUCCAUUGCUCAGUGAUGGUAAAAGCUCGCUA